GGCAAACUGAACUUUUGCAACUUUUGGCAGGUCCACACUACAUACUCUGUUACACAUUUCAACUCCCUUAUCUUUGAGUGUUCUCUAUUUGGAAUUUGACAUAAAAUUGGGGUUUCUUCCACAUGAUCUAUAUCACUAGCUUUCUUCAAUUUUCUUCCGAUCAUCGUUAACGGGAUUUAAUGGAACAAAUUUUGAUGAUUUACCAAACAAUCUAUCGAAAUUUUAGAACCAAAGGGUCCAAGAUUAGUAAGUCACUUCAAGUUGCUUUCCUUUUGGUGGUUUGCCUUUGGCUGGUAUACCAGAUCAAUCAUCAUCCACACGAUGAUCCUCACAGUUAUGGUGUGAAUACCCAUAGAAAACUGCGCAAUGAACAUGCAACCACAGUUAUGGGACCAAAACAGAACGUGGGGUUCCAAGAUGGAGCUAUGACAGAUUCAGAUCGAAUUGGAUGGGAAGACGGUGAAGGCAGAGAAUAUGGCGGCAGGGACUUAGAUAGGGACUCCAAGGAGGACGCUGGAGUGGAGUUUGAAGACAAACACGAGGAAUUAACGCGCGGUGAGGUAGAAGAAGAGUCACCGAGCAAUGGAGACAGAGUGGAAGAAGAACAUGACACUGGCAGGGAAGAAAGUGACAAUGAAAGAGGAUUUUAUGGUUUUCAUGAUGAGAACGGGGUUCCACCUGAUGCCCUAAAUCUUGUAAAUCCAACUUCUUAUGAUACACUUUGGACAGCCUAAACCAUAUGAUCCAAGUGGUAAAUAUUUAGUGCAGAGUUUGCAAAUUCUUCUCAGGGCAGUGAAAGAAGUGAUGGGUAACACAGCUUUGAAAUUCUAGUUGCAGAAUUGAGCUCUGCUUCAAUCCAUCUGGUGAAGAACUUGAUAUGUUAGGCAGGAUAAGAAUAAGUUGUAGUUCAUAUCUUACUGAAAAAUUACAAACUUGAAGACUGAAUCACAGUUUCGAAAAUUGUAUUGUAAAUUUGUAACAAGGCUUAUUGAAGAUGCAAGGAAUUGUUCUCUGUAUUUAGAAAGUAUUCUCUUACACUUCACACAAUCUGCCUCUUUCCAUUUCUUUAACUUCUAUUUAUAUUGUACAUUUGCCCUAAAUCCUAUCCCAAAACUCUCAAACCAGGGCCAAUCUUUAGUGGGUCUCUCCUUUGGGCCGUAGUCAAUGGAAAUCCCUUCUGCAACGCUGGCGGGUUGUUCUGAAAGUGGAUCAACA